CGAUACAUUAAAAAUCACGUGAAGCAUAAGAAAACAGAAGUUUAUGAAGUUUAAAAGUUGCUAAUAAGAUUUUACAUUUUUGAUUGACCGGAGAGGCGGCGCAUCUUAUUUUGACAAUAGAGUGAAUAGGAAUCACUUUAUCCGGGCUGCACCGUACAACAAAACGAAUGUCCCUGUUACAAACUGACACUGACUGGACCAAUGCUCACCAUAAUGAAGGUGUUUCAGGAAGAAGUUGGCGCCUGAAGCCCCGUAUGCGGCUAGCUAGCACGCUAACCGAAACCCUGAAAGAGAUCCCAUUGUAAUGUUUUUUCUUUCCAUCGUCCUUAGAGAAUUCCAGAAUGAACGACAUGGAAUUCAGUGUCCCCCUGUCCUCACUGGCACUCCUGGUCCCACCACUACGACUGAUGUCAGCGGUAAUGUGGGAAGUGGUACGCCAACGGAACAUAAAGCACUAUGGGAAACUGGAGGAAUUUGUGUCCAUGGUAACAGAUGCAGUUCCUGAACUGAUGAGUAAAAGAGAAGGGAGGCUGCUCUCACUGGGCCUGAGAGCAAGGACAACGCUUGAACUGUUGCGUUCCGAACAUCCUGAGGAUCUCAAGGCUGUUGAGACCCACCUUAACCGAAUCCGAUCUUCUUGCAUUGAGGAGACAAAUGAUCCUAUAAUUGAAGCACCAGAGGCAAACUUUAUGAAGCUGGUACAAGGCCUCAUUGAAGAUACUGAUGGCAGAGAACAUUUCCUAAAGAAUGUGUUUCCUGUGGAGUACGGCCCCGACUUCGACACAGCACUGGAGACUUUAGUGUGUGAAUUCUUCACAAGACUCGAGGAGCUGCUGCCAAUACCAGAUUUCAAACAGACUGCCUCCUGGAUCAGUGCUGCCCCCUCUGUCCUAGAGGAGUACAUGCAGUGUGUCUCAAAUGGAGAAGACCUUAAAUUUCUUCUCCAAAGCAAACAGUGCCACGGGAAACUGGCAAAGAGUAGUGUUGCUCCAUUUCAGUCAGAUGAUCUCCUCAUUCCCUCUCUGUCUCUCCCACCAUCGCUGGAAGUGGCCAUCGCUUCCCACCCGAGUGCUUGUGAUGAUGAAAAUAACGAUGUUCCUCAGAUCGUUAUGUUUGAUGAAGAACUGUCUACAAACCCUUCCACCUCAACUGAGUUUCCCGAAUCACCAAAAAGGACUGACAUCUCAUCAUCCCCUCGCAGGAGACAGCAGUCAGGAAUUCAUAAGUGCCCUGAGUGUGACAAAUGCUUCAAGCAUCACUCUGUCCUCAUCGAACACCAGAGAGUUCACACCGGGCUGCAGCCUUACAACUGCUCUGAGUGUGGGAGGGCUUUCAGAACAGCCACUCUUCUGGCCGGUCACAGGCUGCGGAAAUGCAAAAAUGCCGCAUAUCUGUGUAUUAAAUGUGGGAACAGUUUUCCAACCUCGCUGGACAAAUUCAGACACCACUGCCCAAAACGGGGCCGUAAUUACGACUGUGGACACUGUGGCAAGAGUUUUCAAAAGUCUAGCAGCUUAAAGGAACACCUGCUUACUCAUGUUCAAAGCCGCCUUUUCAAGUGCAGCCAUUGUGGGGUAGGUUUUUCAGGAAUCGGUGACCUGAAGUAUCAUCAGCAGGUAGAUCACGAUAAGCCAUACCAGUGUAAGCAAUGUGGAAAGAGCUUUAUCUCCUCCAAGUGUCUGACCAAACACCAACAACGGCAUGAAGAGGCUGGUGAAAUGGCGACGGCCAAAUUAUUGAGUGGAGGUAAACAUAGGAAAAGCGGCUCAGCUCAUCGGACUUCUUCAGCAUCUCUGUCGUCCAGGAAGACUUCCAUUAAAGCUGUCUACCCCCGUGGACGAGUCACCCAUAACUGUCCGCUGUGUGGAAGGAGCUUUAAGUAUCGCUUUGAAUUUCUCGAACACCAGAGGUUCCACACUGCAGUGAAGCCUUACAAAUGCUCUCAGUGUGGCAAAGCCUUCCGCACAGAGGCUCACCUCUCUGGGCACAGAAAGAGAAAGUGCAAAAAUGCUGCCCACAUUUGCACCAAGUGUGGGUGUCAGUUCAGGUCUCUACAUGAACGCGUCAGACACCAGUGUGUGCAGCUGCUGACAAAAUACGAGUGUUCUCAUUGCGGGAAGACCUUCAAGAUGGCCCACCUGCUGAGGAACCAUCAGAUGAGUGAACAUCAGCUUCCCUACAGCCCCAACCAUCGCUUCAGGUGCAGAUACUGUGAUGAGACUUUCCCUGGGAUCAGCGAGCUGAAGUAUCAUCAGAGAGUUGACCAUGAGAAACCCUAUCAGUGUCAGGAAUGUGGCAAGUGUUUCUUGUCUGAAAAAUGCCUAGCCAACCACGAACUGCGCCACAACGAUGACAGACCAGAGAGCUGUCUGGUCUGUGGCCGCGGCUUCAGAAACCGCUACGACUUGAAGCAGCACAUGCGCACUCACACAGGAGAGCGACCUUACCAGUGCACUCACUGUUCACAGUGUUUCUCCACAGCAGGAGGACUGAGGAGUCACACCAGGGUUCACACGGGCGAGAAGCCACAUGUUUGCCCAGAUUGUGGGAAGGCUUUCUCCCAGAUGGGUGCAAUGCGCACCCACAGGCUCACCCACACAGGAGAAAGGCCUUUCAAGUGCACGGUGUGUGGCAAAGGUUUUACAAUGGCACACAAGGUGACAGUUCACAUGCGUGUUCAUACCGGAGAGCGGCCGUACGUGUGCUCUCAGUGCGGAAAAGCCUUCUCCGAUGGAAGUGUGCUGAAGCAGCACAUGCUGAACCACUCAGGAGUGAGACCGUACCACUGCCAGAUCUGUCCCAAGACCUACACCUGUCUGAACCACCUGAGAAGGCACCUGAAAAGCCACUCUAACAUGAACUGAGUCAGACAUGAAGGCAAACCUGAUUAGAAUCUAAUAACAUUUUUACAAAUAUACUGAAACACUGCCUUUGACAGAGAGUGGUUACUAAAAUUGCAAUGUACUAACUAAACCAAGCAAUACAUGAAGGAAUAUAGAACGGUGCUGUACGGCUGCUGUUAAAAUUGAGGUGAAAAGUUUCAUUUACUCUUCAUAGUAAAAUAAAUGUAGUCAUAACAUCCAUUUGUCAAGGACUAUGACAACCAGCACAAACAAAUGGUUCUUCUUCCUCAUUCCUCACCAGGCUAUUUCUUGAUUGUUUAUUUUUUUUCCCUUACAUCAGUUUCUCAUGCAUGAAUACAUUCGGAUGUUCAAGUUAUUUUUCAGUUGAGAUGCUGUGUGUUCGGAACAGAAGCUGUAAUAUUGGUGAAAAUAUAUUUUUGGAAAGGCCUCAAAAGUAACAGAGGUGAACAUUUUGGCUUUCUGUAAAUACGCUGAAUGAGACUUACUGUGAGUGCAAAGUUAAAACGAUGACACCACUUAUUUCAACAUGACAUAACUAUAUUCCUCUAUGCCUUUUAUAUCCCCACUAUGGUUUGCAAGGUUUGUGAAUUUCUGAUUAAAUCACCUUGUUACACCUUGUGCAUGUUAAUUGACUUUAUUUAAUUAAAAGAAAAACCCACUGCAAUAAAGAGUAUUUAUCCUUUGGGGAAAAAGUGUGGACGGAAUUCGUCGUAGCUGCUAUCAGAAUAGAAAGUUUCACUAGAUGGCAGUAGGUGACUAUUGACCAUUUUUCCCAAGCUCCUCUUGCAUUGUCAGGCUGUGUUGGCAAUUUGUGGCUAUUGGAAUCAAAAGCAAUAGGAUCCCUCAAGUGAAGCUUCAUGUACUAAUGAGUGUUUUUCAGUUUUUGAAAGAAGCCAUCAUGUUCUUUGCUGCAGAAUGGAGCAUAUUAGAGAAAAAGAAAGCAUUCAGAAGAUCUUUGAGGACACUAGAGACUGAUGGGGGACUAAUGCAGCAGAAGUUACUCUGGCUCAUUUCCUGUCAUUAACUUUAUUUGGGGUGGUUUGGAAUCUUGAUUGAGGCAGCAAUUUCCUCAUGUUUUGACUGGCGCCCAUCAGUAUCUGAAGUGGUGUAAGCCGUGACAUGGAGCAUUCCUUGCUUCUUUUUUUGUUGUUUUUUUAUCUCUGCAUGGUCCCACUGUGGCCCAGUUUACCUU